AUGAAGUUGGAUUUUCCUUCUAUGUCAUUAUUGGGGUUAUUUCUUGUGUGUUUGGUGGGUGGUACACAUGGAAUUUCAUCAUGUACACAGUCGGACUCUUGUACAUGUAAAUCUGAUACAGGAGGAGUGAUAGAUCUGAAACCAUUGGCUAAUAAUGAUAAUACACCAAAGUACCAAGAUGUUGAUAGUCCCACAGCUGGCCAGCAAUACUCCUACAAUCCUUGCUAUGGUUUUGAUGAGGGGACUUGCUCUGGUGUUGCAUCCUGUGAGAAUGUUGGACCAAAUUCAUACUAUGAUGCUGGAACUCCAACCACUGCCACAUUUGCGGUUGAGAAAGGUUCAGAUUUAAAACAGCUGGCCCCAAUGGACAUACCUGAUGAUAACCUUGUCACCAUCACAUAUACUUCUUCAGAUAUAACCAGACAGACCAAAGUGAUUCUAAUAUGUGAAGGCACAGAGAAGUUCUCAGUGGAUGCAUUGCUCACAAAUCCUGACACAACCUAUCAAUGGUUGUAUAUCUACGUGCUGAGGGCCCCACAAGCAUGUCCCGGGGGUGGAGGAGGAUUGAGUGCAGGAAGCAUUCUGUGUAUUGUGUUUGUUUCAUUCCUCAUUUUAUAUCUUCUCGUUGGGUUUAUUGUGACAACAUUUGUACAGAAGAAGGAAGGAAAAGAGAGAAUACCUAAUUCACACUUCUGGUUUGCUCUGCCCAUCAUGGUAAAGGAUGGCACUGUUUUUGUUAUAUCCAAAAUACCUGGUAUAGGAGCAAAAACACAAGGCUACAAAUAUGAUAAUAUCUAAGAAUGACGUCGCUUGAUGGACAGCAUAUUAUUCGGAGAGUGACUAUUUCACAAAAAUACCUUGAAUAAAAAUUCCCAAAGGGGCUGUCUCAAAAGUUUCAUGCCUCAUAAUUCUUGAUAUUUUUGAGAAAUACCAUCUUGGUCUUGAUGAAAAAUCUCGGACUUUCUCAAUGGAGAGAAGCGGAUUUGGCUUAAUGGCAUGAUGAUAUAUACUGGAGUAAUUUAAUAUUUU